AUGCUCGCAAGCCAGAAUGGCCUCAACCUAGACCGCAACCUGGGAAUUGAGUCCCCAGCACAGACCAUAGGGGGAGCUAUCGACCCACUACAGCGAUAUACUGGCCACCACAGACAACAGGGCCCCACUGUUUCUGAUGCAAGCAAGUGGGACACUACCGCAAAGACUGUCCCCUGGAACCACUCACACCCAAUUGGAAUCAAAAAGGGGGUCCCAACACAAGGGCGGCCAUCCAUUGCAUUAACUACCCUGUCCCAACCACUUGGGAAGCCUGGGAGUGAACCCCUGGGGUUCCUUCAUGAAGCCGACCCUGUGCAGACGACCAGUACCGACAACAUCACCGUCAAUUGGUAA